AUGGCAGAUCCCAGGUUGAUUGUUCCCUACCAUGAUCCAUAUGAUGCCCCAGUCACAGAUGGCAUGCUCUAUUACAUCGACAAUUCAACUCCUACUGUUGACGAUUUAUCACUUCUUCAGGACCCUUCUCUGUAUGCAUCCACAAGUAAUCCUGCCAACGUCCAGGAUGCUGCUGGUGAUACUUUUGAAGAACCUAUUUUGUGGAAUAUUGCUAAUAAUUUCAACGGAAGCAGUUCUCAAGCCGGUCCUUCUGAAUUUCAAACCGAAACGAGUAAUCAAGAGAGGCCUGAAAAUGACAAUGGGGGAAAUACGAUGGCUAUACCAAUGUGGCCGGUGCCACCCGUACCAUUUUUAUGUAGUUGUUGCCUGGUGCUUAGAGAAAUAAUUCAUUCUAAUGGGUUUGAAACUACAAAACUUGAGAUUCAUGGAAGACUUGGAAUGAUCUGUCAUGCUAUUCUUGAGACUCAUCAAAAUUUGGCUGUUUAUCAGUAUCAAAUGAUUGAUUUCUGCAAUAAAAGCAUUGAAGAUGUGAAGAAUUAUCUUGUUCAAUAUUGUGAAGAGAGGAAACAUGCAGGCUUCGUCAUUGCGCGGGAUCCCCUCUCAAUCUUCUAUGAAGCCUUAUGUGUUGGGUUGGAUAUGGAUGAAAAUUUAACAACAGAUGGCUUCCCUCAACCACCACCCAACAACUCAGGCCCACCGGAGAUGAAUCAGCCAGAGGCGGAGAAUAACGCCGAGAGGCCUCUAAGGGCAUCUCUUGCCUUGCAGAUCAAGAGCCUAGAGAGGCAGAUACAAACUGCAAAUCUGAGAUUGAAUUCUGAUGAUCCAGAGGAGAGGGCAAAUGCUGAAACGGAAAUCGAGAAGCUUCAACGUCAAAUUGAUACUGCAUAUCUUCAUGUACCGAAGACUAGAUGA